GAAGAAUACUGCAAAAGGAGGAAGUGGUGUAGAGAAAGAUGAGGAGUUAUAAAUAUUGAUUACCAUUCUUGUACCAAUCCAAAGACAUGAUACUGAAGCACUCAGAUGCUGAGGAGUUCUUUGGCAAGAGUGUGAACAACUCGUUUGUUCCCUGGCUUGUUUUUUUUUUUAACUCCCUCACUCGCUCUGUCGUUCUGACAGAUGCCGCCUUGUCUGAAAGCGCCACAACUUUCCUAAGCUAGGAUGGGGAUGUAACGUAUAGAGAGGUAGAGGAUGAGAAAUUGCCUUUUCUUGUUUCGUCUCCCAACCUUUUUGAAGUGGCAAACUGCUCCUGUGAGUGCCAUGUGACUUCUUCCACAGUGCUUUGGAGCUAUUUUCUCCCUCUCUUUUUUUUCAUUUCCAACGAUGAGUCGCUGAAGAGGAGAGGAGGCGGUAAGAGGAGGAUAUGUUUUCCGUUUCGCUGAAGUGCCGGAUGGGGGUCAUCAGACGCAGGAUCAAGGAUGAUGGGCCAUACUCUAAGGGGAACAAGGACUCGACGGGGCCAGACAACUCGCUCACUUCCAGAAGACAAAGCAUCUCAGAAAUGCGUGGGGUUACACUGGUUGAGCUGAUUAAGAAGGAGGGAAGCACUUUAGGUCUCACCAUCUCAGGCGGAACAGACAAGGAAGGCAAACCGCGCGUCUCCAACCUGCGGCCGGGUGGACUGGCAGCUAGGAGCGAUCAGCUCAACGUAGGCGACUACAUCAAGUCAGUCAAUGGCAUUAACCUGACCAAGCUGCGUCACGACGAGAUCAUCAGUCUGCUGAAGAACGUCGGCGAGCGUGUCGUGUUGGAAGUGGAGUAUGAACUGCCUUCACAUGCGCCAGACAGUACCUCAGGGGUUAUUUCCAAGACAAUAGACAUCUGUUUGCAGAAAGAGGACAACAGUUUUGGCUUUGUUAUGCGAGGUGGAUCCCAUGAGGAUUGGCACAGAUCUCGUCCCUUGGUGAUCACACAUGUCCGACCAGGUGGUCCUGCUGACAGAGAAGGGACUCUGAAAGCAGGGGAUCGGAUCUUAAGUGUGGAUGGUGUGGUUUUACACAGUGCCACUCUCAGUGAUGCUCUUACUGUUCUGACUCAGUGUGGUCAGGAGGCUCUGCUCCAGAUCGAGUACGAUGUCUCCAUUAUGGACUCGGUGACAAAUGCUUCAGGUCCUCUGCUAGUGGAGAUUGCCAAGGCGCCUGGAGCCAGUCUGGGAAUGACUCUGACCACUGCCAUACACAGAAACAAACAGGCCAUCGUCAUCGACAAGAUCAAACCCGCCAGUGUGGUGGACAGGUCAGGAGCGUUACACGUGGGUGAUCAUAUCCUGUCUAUAGACGGCACCAGCACAGAGCACUGCUCCGUCCUGGAGGCCACACAGCUGCUGGCCAGCACUACUGAUCAGACCAAACUAGAGAUCCUCCCCGCACACCAAACACGCCUGCCCGGAAAACCCCAGGACACUGUGAAAGUUCAGAAAAGUGACCACCCACACUGCUGGGACCCCUGUGUGAACUACUGCCCUUCUCAACAUCCUGGUACCUGUAAGACAUCAACAUGGACCUCUGCUUCCAGUAACCCAUCCAACUCUCAGGAUUACUGCAAAUCGGUAGUCUGCGCUAACUUCUCUCCUGGGUCCACUACCACAUCAGGCGUGACCAGCCAGGGUUCCAGCACGCUUCCCCGGGCCGCUCCUCCCAUGAGCCCACGGAACUCUUUGCUAAAGAGACGACAGAGGAAAAAAGAGCUCAAGAGCUCCUCUGUGUCUUUAGCCUCAAGUUCUGUGGGUCCUGGUGGUCAGAUAGUCCACACCGAGUCCAGUGAGGUCACUCUGAGAGGAGAUCCUCUAAACGGGUUUGGGGUUCAGCUCCAAGGUGGAAUAUUUGCGACAGAGACCCUCUCUGCACCCCCCCUUAUCCGCUUUAUAGAGCCAGACAGCUCGGCUGAAAGGUGUGGGUUUCUCCAGGUUGGAGACAGAGUCUUAUCCAUCAACGGAAUUCCUACAGAAGAUGGAACGCUGGAAGAGGCCAAUCAGCUGCUCCGAGAUGCUGCUCUGGCCAAUAAGGUCACGCUAGAGGUUGAGUUUGAUGUGGCAGAAUCUGUUGUGCCUAGCAGUGGAACAUUUCAUGUGAAGUUGCAGAAGAAAAGAGGAGUGGAAUUGGGAAUCACAAUCAGUGCCAGUAAGAAACCAGGAGAGCCUCUAAUCAUAUCUGACAUUAAAAAAGGCAGCAUGGCACACAGGACAGGAACCCUGGAGCCCGGAGACCAGCUGCUGGCCAUAGAUAACAUCCGUCUGGAGAACUGCUCCAUGGAGGACGCCGUCCAGAUCCUGCAGCAGAGCGAGGACCUGGUCAAACUCAAAAUCCGCAAGGACGAGGACAACUCAGACGAGCAGGAGUCGUCCGGCUCCAUCAUCUACACGGUGGAGCUGAAGCGCUACGGCGGCCCGCUGGGCAUCACCAUCUCCGGCACCGAGGAGCCCUUCGACCCCAUCAUCAUCUCAGGCCUGACCAAGAGGGGUCUCGCCGAGAGGACCGGGGCCAUUCACGUCGGCGACCGUAUUCUGGCCAUCAACAGCGUCAGUCUGAAGGGGAAGCCGCUCAGUGAAGCCAUACACCUGCUGCAGAUGGCAGGAGAAACGGUCACGAUCAAGAUCAAGAAACAGACUGACACACCAGAUGAUAGACAUAAAGAGAACGAUCUGGAGAACGAGCUGAGUGAUAACGAGGAGGAGUUGACCGACUCGCAGAAGACCAAUAAACUGUCGGACAUUUAUUCCACCAAUAUCCCCAGCGUGGACUCGGCCAUGGAGUCGUGGGACGGCUCGGGGGGCGACGGCGGAUACGGCAGUCAAGGUGCCUACACCCACCAGGCCGCUGGGGUCGCGUUACACCCUCACGAAUGGAGGAACACCAAGCAGAGGAACAGCACGUCUCCUCCGACCCGCCGCAAAAACUACCCCUUCAGUGACGGGGGAUUCAGUGAGGACGACUGGGAUAAAGCUGCCGGAUACAGCAGCCAGACGCAUGCUGACGGCCUCAUGAUGGAGCAGGAGGACAGUUUCUGGUGCCAGGCCCUGGAGGACCUGGAGACCUGCGGCCAGUCUGAGCUACUGCGCGAGAUCGAGGCUUCUAUAAUGACUGGCAGUGCCCUGAGUUUGGGUGUAGAGGGUGGAAAGGCCCACGGUGAGACGGUCAACCAACCUCACCUCAGCCCUCUGAGAAAAGCCCCGCAUCUCCUCAACGAGACCAAGAACAAGAGCACGCUCCGCAUGUCCGAGAAGACCUGGGAGUCACGGAGGAUCAAAGAAGAGAUCCAGGACAUCCUGUCGCCCACACCGUUAGAGCUGCACAAGGUGACUGUGAUGAAAGACCCAGAAAGUGAUGACUUUGGAUUCAGCGUAUCGGACGGUUUCCUGGAAAAGGGUGUUUAUGUGAACAUGAUCAGACCUGAGGGUCCGGCGGACCGCGCUGGACUCAAACCCUACGACAGGAUCCUUCAGGUGAACCACGUGCGGACACGAGAUUUCGACUGCUGCUUAGCUGUGCCCCUCAUCACAGAGGCCGGAGACAGACUUGAGCUGGUGAUUAGCCGAAACCCGUUAGCACAGCCGGGUGUCGCCCAGCCCCACAACUGCCAUCAACCCUUCAACCCUGUAGGCCAUUCCCGCGAGCACCAGACCAGCACACUGGACCUGUGACCACUGGGUAACUCAGACUAUGACCACACUGGACCUGUGACCACUGGGUAACUCAGACUAUGACCACACUGGACCUGUGACCACUGGGUAACUCAGACUAUGACCACACUGGACCUGUGACCACUGGGUAACUCAGACUAUGACCACACUGGACCUGUGACCACUGGGUAACUCAGACUAUGACCACACUGGACCUGUGACCACUGGGUAACUCAGACUAUGACCACACUGGACCUGUGACCACUGGGUAACUCAGACUAUGACCACACUGGACCUGUGACCACUGGGUAACUCAGACUAUGACCACACUGGACCUGUGACCACUGGGUAACUCAGACUAUGACCACACUGGACCUGUGACCACUGGGUAACUCAGACUAUGACCACACUGGACCUGUGACCACUGGGUAACUCAGACUAUGACCACACUGGACCAUUUGUUGCAACAGACUAUCAGAAGGAGCCAUGAUUCACUGCUUUCAUUACGAAGCUCAAAUGAACUCAAAUAUCCAGAUUAUAAGGAGCGCCUGUGGAACUGAAACAACAAAAGAUUUGAGCCAGUUUUCAGUGUAAAAUUCAAAACGAUCUGUGCCAGUUUAAAAUAAUAAUAAUAAUUUUGGCCUACUACAAUGCAUACACCAUACAUGUAUGUCACGCCAUCAAAACAAUUUUUUAUUUUCUUUAUAAGCCUUUCACGUGAUAUGAGGGCAGAGAUAUAUAUAUAUACAGUAUAAUGGCCACAGAAGAAUAAUUAAUUCAUUCGCUUGAUUUAAUUGAGUCUCCUAGUUUUAGUAACGUUGUACUGAUUCAUUCCCUCAUUUUUAUUUUAAACCGUCGUCACAUGGUCCUGAUUUGUUUCCUCGUUUUAGUAAAUUGUGAUGACGUAAUACUAAUUAAUUCCCUUUAUUUUUUGUUUUAUUUAAUCAGUAGUAAGAUGGUGCUGAUUUGUCGCUUUGUUUUGGUAAACUGUUGGUCAAAACGUAGAAAUGAAUCAGUAUAACGUGACAACGAUUCAACUAAAAUCAGGAAACAAAUUCUUAAUUUGUGUCCAAGAUGUAAAAUAUUUUUCCCACAUAGUGUUUUCUUUUUUCUUUUCUUUUCUUUUCAGAUACAAACAUACUCUGUCGAAAUGUUUACAAAACAGAAAAAAAAAACAGCUUUUGAUGUAGAUCACAUUUUUGUUUGAAUCCCCAAGCAGAUACAAACAUACUGUGCCCAAAUGUUUACAAAACAGAAAAAAGAUCAAUAAUUCUGCAUUUGAAGUAGAUCACCAUUAGAUGUAAGCAGUUCUUAAAUGUCUUACGUUUCCAUUUUUAGUAACAACUGUUUUUCCUUCCACAACAAACUACAAAUUAAGCAUUAUUUUUGUUUUAGUCCGGGAUGAGUCACUGCAGGAAUACCUUCAGGCACACAUUGUCCUUUCUCACAAACACAUACACUACUACUAUAAACAGACCAAACACAAUCAUUCUUUGUCCCCUGCAUGCAUAAAUACUAUAGACUCCCCUAGAAAUAAACUUAUAUUUGCUUCUGUGUCAGACACAAACAUACACAAAUGCUUCAGGCCACGAGUGGCACGGCAUCAAAGCACAUGGUGACUGCCUGCUGCUCUUAAAAGAAAGUUGCUGUUUGAUAAUGUCAACAAAGACUUCAUAGCCUCUCUGUCAACAACACAUUUAUUAUUUCAUGGGAGUACAAUGCAUUUUCCAUGAAUAAUAUAUAUUUUAGUGUGGCAUUACUUUUUUACUGCAAUAGACGCAGUUUUUCGACCCAAUGAGGUCGAUUAGGUAUGUUAGAUAAAAUAUUAUGUAAUAUAACAGAAAUCAAAAUUUCAAAUAUGCAACCCUGUUACUGUAUGUAUUCCCACAUUGCGAAAAAAAAAAAAAGCUACAUUUCCUAGGAAGUGAGAUUAUUCGGACACUUUUAACAAUGGCGGAAAAAUUAUAUAAUACAUAACAUAUUUCCUAAAUAGUUAUUAAACAUUAGUGUUGACUGCGUUGAUCAACCUUAACUGUUCAACUCUGUUAUACGAAAAAGUGAAAUGCAAAAACUUAAUUUGUUGACACUUUGUUAGCACAUGUACACACUUACUUCCAUUACCUACACUCUCAAAUGGCCACAUGUACUCUCAUGCAGCAAUAAAACCGAGGUCUGACAUGUCCCGACUUCUUGAAAAGCUUCUCGUAGUAAGUACAGUGGUAGCCCUACCUUCUCUCUCCACAUACCUCUCUUUAUCUUUUAACACCAAAAUGAUGCCGCAGUGUAGCAUUCACUCCAGUCCCCACUGACAUCCUGGCCUCAAGGGCACGUUCUUUCAUGGUAGACUGUCGCCAAGCCACCAUUUGCCAACACUGGCCAAAUAUUAGAAAUGUUUCCACCACAGGCUAUUUCAGACACCUCAGUUCAGGAGAGUUUGUAAAGCCGUCACAUCAUUAACUCGUGUUCCGCACUUGUGGGGCACCCAGGUUUUACGAAGGUCACAUCUCUGUGGACAUGCGGCCCCACAGUCUAUUAACCUCCACUAAACAUUUAUCUAGUGUUUCACAAAUUUGAGAUUUAUGGUCUCCGUUGGGCCAGAUGUCAAGAUAGAAUAUAUCUCAACAUCUGAAAGGGGAACGGAGGACGUUUAGUGUCUUCUUUUGUGUUGUGUGUUUGGAUCAUGGAAUAUUCCGCUGUUAUGAGAACCGUUUCACCCCACAUGACACUUCUUUUGUGGAACAUUUGACGUGAACAUCUGGUUAAAGCGCUUUUAAGUAAACUUGUUUGAGGGUGUGUCUGAUCCCUUUGUGUAGGUUUGUGGGUUUGAGACAUAUGGAAUCUGAAGUCUUUGAUGUUCCUCGAAAACCACCGUUAGGACGCCUAAUCUAGGAAUCAAUAACCGGUUUUAUUCUGGGAACUGGUUCCAUUUUUUUGCAUAUUCAAAGGGAACAUUGUGUUCUAAAUACGCUAAAAAAAAACAAUGUCUUUAAUUGGUUUACGAUUCCAGUUUACAUAGUUGGGACAGACCCUACACAGUUUUUUUAUCGUGGAUGAAGAAAUUUAUCAUUUAUCUAAUCCAACUUCGUUAACUGAAGGAAUAGUUUAGUCAUAUUUUAUUUUAGGAAAAUUUUAGCGCAUAUCAUAUGUGCUUUUUGCAACUUGAUGGACAUGGUCACUAUGAACUGUUGUUGUAUAAAAAUUUGCUUCAUGAACAUUUUUAUUUAUUUAUUUUUCCUACACAUCCAAAAGGGGGUUGCCAUAGAAGAGUGAUGCCAUAGAACAAUCAUUUUUGGUUCUCCAAAAGAACCUUUCAGUGAUCAGUUCUUAAAAGAACUAGUCUUAAGAACAUUUUUUUCCCCUGUAAAGAAGCUUUUAUGGAAUGGAACUUUUCCAUGGAUGGUAAAGAUUCCUUAUGGAGCCAUCAACGUUAAGAACUUUUCUUUUUAGAGUGUACAGGACCAACAUAAAGGUUAGUAAAUACUGUCAGAAUUUUCCUUUUGGGGUAAAGUACUCACUUUUUAAACACUAAAAAGUUGCUGUACUUUUGUCUCUUUAUAGGUUGCAGACUUAAAUAUGUUUACUUGGUUCACCUAAUAACCAAAAGCAAAUACUCAGCCCUGAUUUUGGGUGUUAUGUCUCCUUUAGUGUGGUCAUGUCCACACCAAAACACUUAUACUCUGUAAUUAUUUGUGGAUUAGGUGAAUUUAUUUCCUCACCCUGCAGUCUUUACUACCAUGUUGGAAAGCACAGGCAAAAUCUAUUUCCAGUAAGGUGCCUGUCGAAAGCACUCAUUGUUCUACAAGAUUCUUUUGAACAAUCAGAGUCUCUGUUUAGGCCCAUUGCAUUAGGAGUCUACCCAGGGCUCGCUCCUAGGCCCUUUUAAGUUUUUUUUUUUUUUUUUUUUUUUCACAACCUUCCUGUCAGUUGUGUAAUUCUACCAACUGCCUCCAAAAGCUGAAGGCAACAAAAUAAGACUUUUAUUUUAUUUAAAGUUUUCUCUCUUUUUUUUUGCGUGUGUGUGUACUUUGUGGUAGACCACAUUUUGUCUGCAGGUCAUCACAUUGCAGGCCAGUAAACGAAGUGUCAAAGGAGGGGCUGUUUUCAUUUCACAGACAUCUAACCAUGGUAUUGUUCAGAGUAAGAAUUGUAACAUGUUGUAUGUACUAUUCCAGGAGGAAAGACAAUGUGGUUCCUUUUAUAUGUGCAAUAUUGAGACCAGAGAAGGCUUUUAAAGGAUUUUACAUAAGCUUUAUAAAGCUCCAAACUUGUUCAUCCCUAUGCAUUUUAAAUACCUGAUUUAUGUGUGCAUUGAUAUUAAUGUGUAUUUUUGGAAUGUGUAAUAUGAAAGUUCUAUUCACUGUACAGUAUUUUUGUAUGAACUCUAAACCUCGCUGUUUCCACAGCAUAUUUGAAGCACAAUGGCGAAAGAGAACCGAUAAACAAAUAUAUUCUGGUUUGGCUAGACUGGUUUGGUGUGAAGACCCAUUCUUAAUCGAUAUGGGAAUGUGCUAAUGAUAUCCUUUUCUAAAAAACAACUGAAUAAAAGAGGUAAAAUGCACAA